AUGUUAAUUGAAAUUUGUAUCCGUAACACACGUGCAUUUCUAUGGAUAUAUUAUUACUCUCGAAAAGCAAUAAAUAUUCGGGAAAUCGGCUUCGCUAAGUUGCAUUUCUACUGCAAACGCAUGUGUCUGCGUACUACUGUAGCAAAGUGUCACCAAUGGCAUGCGAACGCCGCUUUUCUAAUCGUCCCCGAAAAGGGGCGGGGCGUCGCGUUGCUGCGUUUUUAUGCAGUGAAGGCGGUAUUGUAUGUUGCAAGUUACUGA